AUGGCCAAGCCAGUGUCCAUUGAGGUAUGGAACCCAAGUGGAAAAUACAGGGUUGUGAGCACAAAACCAAUGCCUGGGACUCGUUGGAUUAAUCUUCUCAUUCAGAAUGAUUGUCGCCUUGAAAUAUGUACCGAGAAGAAAACGAUACUGUCAGUUGAAGACAUCAUUGCUUUGAUUGGUGAUAAGUGCGAUGGAGUUAUAGGACAGUUGACUGAAGACUGGGGAGAAGAAUUGUUCUCUGCUUUGAGCAAAGCUGGAGGCAAAGCUUUCAGUAACAUGGCUGUUGGUUAUAACAAUGUGAAUGUUGACGCUGCAAACAAGUAUGGUGUUGCUGUUGGAAACACUCCUGGUGUGCUCACUGAGACAACAGCAGAGUUAGCAGCUUCACUGUCUUUGGCAGCUGCUAGAAGGAUAGUUGAGGCUGAUGAGUUCAUGAGGGGAGGAUUAUAUGAUGGAUGGCUACCUCAUUUAUUUGUUGGAAACUUGCUCAAGGGACAAACUGUUGGUGUAAUUGGAGCUGGUCGUAUUGGAUCCGCUUAUGCAAGAAUGAUGGUGGAAGGGUUCAAGAUGAACCUAAUCUACUUUGACCUCUACCAAGCCACACGACUAGAAAAGUUUGUUACAGCUUAUGCUGCAUUCUUGAAAGCAAGUGGUGAGACCCCAGUGGCAUGGAAAAGGGCAUCAACCAUGGAUGAGGUCCUCCAGGAGGCAGAUGUAAUUAGUCUUCAUCCUGUGUUGGAUAAAACCACCUAUCAUCUAGUCAACAAGGAAAGACUUGCUAAGAUGAAGAAGGAAGCAAUUCUUAUAAAUUGCAGUAGAGGGCCUGUUAUUGAUGAAGCUGCACUAGUGGAGCAUUUGAAACAGAAUCCAAUGUUUCGAGUAGGCCUUGAUGUGUUUGAGGAAGAGCCCUACAUGAAACCCGGGCUUGCAGAGUUGAAGAAUGCCAUUGUGGUACCUCACAUUGCAUCAGCGUCCAAGUGGACCCGUGAGGGAAUGGCAACACUUGCAGCUCUAAACGUGCUGGGUAAGAUUAAAGGGUACCCAGUUUGGUUUGAUGCCAACAGGGUGGAACCAUUCCUCAAUGAGAAUGCUAGACCACCAUCUGCAUGCCCAAGCAUUGUCAAUGCAAAAGCUCUGGGUUUGCCAAGUUCAAAGCUAUAA